GUUUGGAUAACGUCACGCGCCUGGCUUAUACGCGCAGCUUCAUCUGCUGCAGUGUGCCUCGACGUUCGCUGGAUAGGUACAAAAGCCGCGACCAAGUUUUUUCUUCAUUUGACUUUUUUUGUGUACGUUGUGAAUCGAGAUCCUGCUUGAAUCGUUUAAUCCAUACAAAGAUAUGCGCAAAAGUUCGAUUUGUGACUUGCAACAAGUGCCAAGAAAAUCAAUUUUAAACAAGUGAGUUCGCACCGCGAAAAGAUGGAAAAUUUCUUUACGAGAAUUCGAAUCGACGAUGAAGUCGAAGCGCAAAGAGCAUACGAUCAUUCACGGAGCGGAGUAAAUUGACAAGCGACGAUCGUCAGCAUCAUCAGCAUCUAGGCUUGGCGCGCGCGAGUGAUAGACGCAUUCGCUCUCGUGGACGUGAAAAAAUUAUGCUGGCCAGGCAGUAUGUCAGCCGAGGAGUCGAACGCGACGACGACGAGGAGCCUCGAGUCGAGCGGCAGCUACGGCGAGCUGAAUCUGCCCUACGUCGUCAGCGAGAUCGUCGUGGCCGUGACGGCCGUGAUCGGCAACGGCCUCGUCAUACUCGUCUUCAAGAAGGAGCGCAAAUUGCGCAGACGCACCAACUACUACAUCAUAUCGCUGGCUACGGCUGAUCUGCUGGUCGGCCUCUUCGCCAUACCGUUCGCCAUACUGGCCAGCAUCGGCCUGCCGACCAAUCUCUACGCCUGUCUCUUCACGGUCUCGGUCCUGGUGGUGCUCUGCACCAUAAGCAUUUUCUGCCUCGUCGCCGUCUCGAUCGACCGCUACUGGGCUAUACUGCAUCCGAUGGGAUACUCCAGGACGGUGCGAACCAAGACUGCCAUAGGUAUCAUAUGCGUGUGCUGGGUCCUCGGUACGCUCGUCGGUUUUUUACCGCUGCUCGGCUGGAACGCCGGCCACAAGUCCGACGAGAAGUGCAUCUUUACCGAGGUUAUGGAUUACAAUUACCUGGUCUUUCUCUACUGUACCACCAUCAUCUUCCCGGCGAUUCUCAUCAUAGCAUUUUACGCUCACAUCUGGAGCGUCGUCGUUAAGCAGCUGCAACAAAUCAUGACGAUGAACCCGGGCAAGCGCAAGGAGAACGAGGGCCACGGCACGAUGCUGCGACUGCUCGGUGCGGCGCAGAAGCGCGACGUCAAGGCCUCGCAGAAUCUGUCGCGCAUAGUCGCCUUCUUCAUCAUCUGCUGGUUUCCGCUCUACACCAUCAACUGCGUCAUGGCCUUCUGCCACGAGUGCCAAGUGAACAACGUCGUGCUCAACACCUGCAUCAUACUGUCGCACCUCAACUCGGCCGGCAAUCCACUGCUCUACGCCUAUCAUCUCAAGGACUUUCGGGCAGCCCUGAAGAACUUUAUCUACGGGCUGCUGUUCCCGGGACGGGCCAAGAGCGCCGCGACGGCCACCGCAGCCACAGCUGGACCCGUCAGCGUUAUUCAGGAGCAAAAAGCCGGUGCAAUGAUUGGCUCGCAGCGAGGCGGCAGCAGCAGAAGCCUAGCCACGGCUGCGAUGGCGAGAUCAACGGCGGCCUCGUCGUCGCUGCGCUACGCUCAAAUAAGCGAGUUCUCCGCAGCUGCAUCUGGCACUCGGCCCGCUUCGACGACGAGCUUAAUGCGACAAGUGCACGAGGCUCGAUUGAGAGAGAUGCAAAUCGCCGCACCUCCGAGCUUUGUGAAAAAUCUACCCGAAAACAAUUCGGAAAUCCCACAAAAGUCUGAUGCAAAUCAUAAUGUAGAUCAUGAGAAACUAAAAAAGCAAACGUCCUCGAUAUUGCGUUGCAACGGACAUCAGCCGGGCAGCAGCGAUGAUCCUUCAACGACGAAAUUAAAUAAUGCCCCGGUGGAGCCUAUCGUCGAAAUGACGACCAAGACUAAUUCCGUCGAGACGCAAAGCUAUACCUUCAAGAUGUCAAUGAGGUAUGCGGAUUGCGAUAAUGACGAAGACUAUGACGACGACGACGACGAGGAAGACGAAGAGAAAACAGUUCUGCACACCGAGUCGACGUUAACUAUCGAAGCCGACGUUAAUAGAGAGACCAACUGCGAGUCUCGCCUGCUCGACGGGGAGAUUAAAGUAUUAAACGAUCAAUGAGGAUGAUAAACAGUAUUAUAAAUUGCGGUACAAAAGUAACGACCGCAUACACAUAAUGAUCUUCGAGUAAAGCAACUUGUGCGUCUCUGCGUAAUGGUUGAAUGUUAACGAGGAAAAUUUCGAUGUACAUAACUGCAAAUAUUAUAUAUUCGACAAUAGUUCAAUUUUGCACAAGGUGAACAAUUAAAAAUUAAUUGUUACAGUGCGUAGAUUGAAUUUUGCAUGAAUAGGCACUCUUAACUAAAUGCUUGAAACUCGUUAUGCUUUAAAUGAUCUUUUAAUGUAAUUUAUCAAUGAAACUAAAAGCACCUUCUAACGAUAAAUAUUUCAAAUACACAUUUGAGGUAAACGAAAAUUUAAAUAUACAUUUAAAAUAGCAUGUUUAAUUGAAAUGCAAUAUAAGUCUGACUACUGCCAAAGAUAAGACGAUGUUUGUUUUUGAUUCCUAUUGUUUUAUAACUAGUGUAUAUACAAAUUUGUAAUGUUUCGAAUUAUUAGUCGAACAAAAAAGUAAAUAUGUAACGAGGAUAAAUUGUUUUAUCGUAAACAUGCAUAAUUAUCUUGAGUGUUUUCUAUUAUAUAAUGAUAGUAUAAUAAGAAUGUAUGAUUAUUAUUGCGUAAAUAUCUUCAAAAGAGUUUAUGUAAAAAUAAUACAAAUUUCUUAAGUGUAUAUACCUAUAAGAUGACGAUCGUUUUUAAGCUUUAAUGUUCUAUUCUAUUUUUAUAUACGAAAAAAUAAUUUGUAAACAAUCAAAUUUUUAAUUCAACUUUAGUUAAAAUGUCAAUCAACAAUUUAUGUGAAAUCUACUUGACAAUAAAACAGGAACAUAAAAAGAUA